AUGGAUGGGAACAACCAGGUACUGCCCCUUGCGCACGGAAUAUGCAAAAAAGAGAGUGGUCUUACUUGGACAUGGUUUCUGGAAAAGUUGUAUGAAUGUGUUGGUGACUGUCAAGAAUUGACUUUUGUAACUGACAGGGUCGAUGCAAUUCGGGUUAGUAUUGAAAAUGUUUUCCCACAUGCUCAUCAUGGCUUGUGUGCUUUUCAUCUACUAGGAAACAUAGUACACAGGUUUGGGAAAAAUGAUAAAACAAAAGUGUUGUUUUGGAGGCUUGUGAAAGCUUACAAAAGAAAUGUUUUUGAAGAAUUGUGGUACAGAUUUAGUUCUACUAGGCCGCAAGUAGCAACGUAUCUAAGUGAAAUCCCCCAUGUUAAAUGGACUAGAGCAUAUUCGCUGUCGAAACGGUACGAUUACAUGACCUCGAACAGUGCAGAGUCCAUGAAUGCUUUAUAUGUAGAUGCAAGGAAGAUGCCUAUAAUACCCCUUCUUGAGUUCUUCCGUCGUCUUUCACAAGAAUGGUGUAACAAGCAUCGCAUCGAAGGAGUUCUAACCGAGUGGGCUGAAAAAGUAGUUAGGAAAAAUGAAGAGCGUACAAUAGGAUGGUCCGUUUCUGGUGUUUCAGAUGCAAUAUAUCAAGUUCAUGAUUUCAAACAUGGUGGCAUAGUUGAUCUGAGGCAAGAGACUUAUGCUUACAAAAUGGAAACGUACCAAAGUACGUAUGAGGAGCCGGUUUACCCUCUUCCAAAACCAUGUGAUUGGGAAAUUCCUGCUGAGAUGAUGGUUGUUAGAACCCCCGAUAAUGGAUACACGUCAAUAAUCAUCAUCCUUUCCUCAACCUCUUUGCACUCCGCAACAAUGAGGUCACGAUGUUCAGUGAGAGCUCGAGAUGAGUCUUUAUCUUUUUUUGUUGUUCUUCAUCCCAUUGUAGUUGUUGCAAAGCAUCCUCCGACAUAUAUGGCUCUCUUAAAUUUGGUGAUGGGGCAAGAAAAGGGUCGAUUGGAUCACAACAGAAACAAUCAACUUCGUUGCACGAGAAAAUAUACAAAGUUGAAGAUGAACUCAUUUUAA